CGACAGCAGCUGAAGUGGAUCUCUGUGAGUAACAAAGGAGGAAGAAAAUAUAUAGAGAGGAGAAAAGCAGGGCAGAGAUGUGGCCAAUUUCAGUGGAUGAGUGGAAAACAGCUCUGACAGCCAUUCUGCAGCAGCUAGACAACCCACAGUACGACAAAAUGUUGGAAAUAGUGCAAAUCCCCAAACAGAGGAAGACUGCUAAGUUCAGAAAACAGCUGCCCCAAAAAAUCAUUGAGCACCACGGACUGAAAAAAUCUAUUCGCAAAAUCAGAGAUGCAAUGGAUCAGAUUCCACGGAGGGAUCAUGCAGUCCAGAGCCUGCUGCUCCCCUUCAUUGAACAAGUGAAGAAUGGACCAAAAACUGAGGGGAAGAAGAGGAAACGUGGUGAAGGUGAUUCAAAAUCAGCCGACAAGAAGCUUGAAGUCGGUCAGUGGAAAAGCUCCCAGCUUGACAAGGCUGCACUCGUUGGACCACUGGAGCCCAAAAGGAAGAAGACCGGUUCCAGCGAUCCUGCCCCAGAAGCAACUCCAGCUGCUGAAACUUCAAAGGUUCAGAGCGCACAAAUCCACAGCGGGAGAAUUGAAAUCAAAUCUGUCUCAGCCAUCACUAAACACACCGCUCGGGUUAAGGUGGAGGUGAAGAAGGAGCAGGAGUUCUACGUGUCAACUCAAAAACUGGCAGAGCUCCUCGGCUAUGGCAUGAAGGACGGGGUUGAAGGCAGAAUCCGUCGUGCCAUGCCAAUCUCAGCCGAGGCUAAAAUGCGAGACAAUCAGAUUAUAGAUAUUAAAAGAGUUCAAAAGUUUUAA